AUGCCUCCUCCUAUAGCGAGUACCUAUUGCUACCGGCCCGUCGGACGCUUAUCUCUAUUCCACCUACUAGAACUUCCUCUACUACUCGUCGGCCCUCCAGUAGAUACAACUCCCUCUAAUGGUAUGGUGACCUAUUCUAAGACUAGAAAAUUGAAGCCUCGUACCUUCUCUACAAAGGCUCGUGCUGCGAAACCUUCGACAUUCAACCAAGCUCGGACUAAUCCUAACCGAUUAGCAUCUGAAAAUGCAAGUCAACAGUCUCUAAAUCCAGCAUCACUAAAACGCGUUCCAAAUACGCUAGGUGCCUUCGGAAGAAUCUUAUACACUACUCACCCAGAAUGGUUUACGUGA